AUGGUAGCAGAGACCAAGCUAUACGACCAAUUAGGUGUCUCGCCAUCCGCGUCUCAGGAUGAGAUCAAGAAAGCAUACCGCAAGCAGGCGUUGAGAUACCAUCCCGACAAGAACAAGGACAAUGCGUCCGCUGCCGAGAAGUUCAAAGAGGUAUCACAAGCCUACGAAAUCCUCUCCGAUCCCGAAAAACGCAAGACCUAUGACCAGUUUGGGCUCGAGUUCCUUUUACGCGGCGGGGCACCGCCGCCCGAGGGAGGAGCUGGUCCGGGCGGUAUGCCGUUCGAAGCCGGAGGAUUCCCAUUCACAGCUGCAGGAGGCAUGCCGGGAGGGACACGCACAUUCCACUUCUCCACUGGUGGUGGUGGCGCUGGAGGAUUCCACUUCUCAAACCCCGAGAACAUAUUCGCCGAAUUCCUGCGGCAUGGCGGCGCUGGCAUGGGCGACGACGAUGAUAUGGGCGGAUUUGGUGGCUUUGGAAUGGGAGGUAUGCCUGGUGGAAUGGGCGGUAUGGGCGGCAUGGGAGGCAUGGGCUCGAGGGGCGCGAAGAGAGGACCCGGCGGGUCACGGUUCGAAGGUGGAAGGAGAGCACCCACGCCAGAAGUUACCGUGGUAGAGCGGCCACUGCCAGUAUCACUGGAGGAGUUGUUCAAUGGCACAACCAAGAAGAUGAAGAUCAAGAGGAAGACAUAUGAUCCUACGACCGGCAAGCAGAACAUGCAAGAUAGAAUCCUGGAAGUACCGAUCAAGGCAGGCCUGAAAGCGGGAAGUAAGAUCAAGUUUUCGGACGUGGGCGACCAAGUAGAAGGUGGAACGCAGGACCUACAUUUCAUCGUCACAGAGAAACCACAUCCUCUGUUCACACGAGAAGGCGAUGACAUCAAGCACACCAUCGAGCUCGACCUCAAAGAGGCAUUGACCGGAUGGCGGCGGACAGUCCAAACCAUCGACGGCAAGCAGCUAUCCGUCAGCAGUGCUGGCCCCACAGGUCCGAACUUCACAGAACGCUUCCCGCACCUUGGUAUGCCGAAGAGCAAGAAACCUGGCGAGCGCGGAGACUUUGUCGUUGGCGUCAAGAUCAAGUUCCCCACGAGUUUGACCGCAUCGCAAAAGGAGCAGCUCAAGAAGAUCCUGUGA